CAGGCCUCGCCACACCAUACAGCAACGGACAACGCCAACAACACCCUGCAACCCACGUCGCUCCAAAACAUCGGCGUUGUACAGACACGCAACAAGGGCAAGGGCAAGGCAAACCAGGGACCCAAAGAGGCAGACAGACAGACAACCAACCAUUUACAACCUCAACCCUACCAGCAAACGCAAGUGAGUGAGGCAAGCUGAAGAACGCAGCAGGCUGACGACAAGAAGGAGCAGCAAGGAAGCAACCCUGACCUGCUUUUGUUUGUAUUUUAUGUGUUUGUGUGUGUGACAACACACGACGUCUUCGCGGGAAUGAAUGCAUGGCGUGGCCCACGCUGAUGCUCUCGGCCCGGACCUUGCUGAGUGGCGGUGGAGCAUGGCUGGUCGGCAAGGGACGCCCCAUCGCCGCCGCAAGAUCGGCGCUGGCAGGAUCGCUGUGCUCAGACAGCCGUCGUCACGUGCAACGUCAAGCACCCACGGAGCAGAGCGAAGCCGCCCCGCUGCCAGCUAUCCAUAACGACGACGACAACAACCACAACAACAACAACAACAGCAACAACAACAACAACAACAACAACAACAACCAUAACAACAACCAUAACAACAACCACAACAUCGAUGUGUCAGAAUGCAACACCGGCAAGAAUGGCAACGACGACAAGGGCUCGCCUGUUGAGGACCUGCUGUACAAACCGCAGCAGCAGCGCGUAGAGUUGUCGCCAUCCUCUUCGCAGCCGCCACCACGCGACAUCAUCAGCUUCAGCGGUUGCGGGUGGAUGCUGGCCUAUCAUAUUGGCGUCGCACACGCCUUUGUUGAAGCAGGCCGUGUGCAGGACCACACACGGCUGGCGGGUGCGUCUGGCGGUGCGCUGAUUGCCGCUUUGCUCGGAUGCGGCCUGGACCCCGUCACCACCCUCGACCUGUUUCUCGAGCACGCGCAGUUCUGCAACGAGAACGGCACGUGGUGGAAGCUCAAGCGCUACCUGACAGAGAUGCUGGACCGCACUCUGCCCGACGACGCGCACGAGCUCUGUUCCGGUCGCGUGUCCGUCGCCCUCACCCGCAUCUGGCCGCGCCCGCGCUGGCGGCCCAUCCUCGUGCGCCACUUCCCGACGCGCGACGACCUCAUAUCCGCGCUGGUGGCGUCGUGCAUGGUCCCGGGGUACCUCGACUCUGCGCUCGUCACCCGCUUCCGCGACAUGUACGUGAUUGACGGCGGCGUGUUGCAUCUCGUGCCGCACAUUGCCGGUGCUGUCAAGGUCUCGCCGUUCUCGUCGUUCUUCCUCCGCUCCCAAAGCGCGCACAUUGACAUCAGCCCGCGCCUGACGCCCGACUUUCCCUACACGGACAACCAAACGUGGAGCCUGUGCUUCUACCCGGCGGAGGAGGCGGUCACGCGCGACAUCUACGAGUGGGGCCGCACAGCUGCCGAUAUCUGGCUGCAGGAAUCGCCACGCGGCCUCCCGCUCUGUAACCGCGACACAAGCGCCGUCGCGUGAUGGUGACUGGUGGUGGUGAUGACGAUGGUGGUGGUGAUGAUGAUGGUGGUGCUGAUGAUUGUUGUGCUAAUGAUGGUGCUGAUGUGGUUGUGUGUGUGUGUGGUGUGUCGUUGUGUGGGGGUGCUGACCAGAGUGGUUCGCGUCAUUCGUGUCGGUUGCUUUUGUGUUUGCGUGCGGUGCUUGAUCGGUGGAUAGGACAACAGGCGAGGAAUGGAAAGUGCGUGUUUGGCUGUUUGGUUGCUCGCUGGCUCGCUGGCUUGAGAGCCCCUUGAACUAGGGCAGGUGCGCUUGGCUCUGUACCACAGUGAUUUGACGGUUUUAUGUCUUCAUGUCAACAAUGGCUGAGGAGGAAAUGAGGAAGUAAAUGAAAUGCCACAA